AUGACUGAAAUGCAAAAGCCUACUUAAUUGUCUUAAGACACUAACUCUCAGAACUAAGCCCUUUCUGAUAAUAAAUAAGAAUACGUAACUCCUUCAAGUGAUGUCGUCGUUAAAGAAGAAGGAGCAUCUAUCCUUAAUGCUACAGCUAACAUUUGUAAGACUGGUCUCGGUCUUGGUAUGCUAUUUAUGCCACUUAUUUUCAGUAAAACUGGUGUGUACAUUCCAAUUUUAUGUCUUGUGUUUUUUGGUAUUUUAUGCUUCUACUGCUGGAAUUUAUUGGGCAUAGUACUGAGACAUGUAUCACAAUCUGAAAAAUAUAAUAAAACAUAACUCUAUUAAGAAUAUAAAGAUAUUCUAAUAUUAGAAAAUACUCUAGCUAUAGUUUUCAGUCCUGGAUGGAAAAUAUUUUGUUAAAUAAUUAAUGGUUUAAACAUGUACGGUGGAUGUCUUGGCUAUGUGAUAUUCAUUACUUAAUCUUUCGAACCUUACAUUUCCAAUUAUAUUCUCAGAAUUUGUAUUAUUGUCGCAAUUUACUUACCCCUAUGCUUUUUGAAAGAUAUCAAAGCAUAUGGCAAAUUCAGUUCAAUUGCUUUAACCAUAUAUACUAUUGUUGUACUCACAAUAAUUGGAAAAAGUCUUGAUGUCAUUCGUAAGGAUGAAUAUCCAGAUGAGCCUAUCAUAUUGAAUGGAUGGAAUACAAUUCUUGAGUACAUUGGUAUCUUUAUUCUUGCCUAUGAUGUUAAUGGUACUGUCGGUUUAGUCCAUGCUUCUAUGAGAGAAAAAAAGAGAUUCUUUAUUCCUCUUUCAAUAUAUAUAAUCUUUGCUUGUUGCGUUGGUACAAUCCUUGGUCUUUGCGGAUACUUUGCAUACAGAGAUCAAAUAGGAGAUAUUAUCUUUAAGAAUAUUGGAAGUUUAAAUGGUGGUGGAGACGCUUUAUUGUUCUUCUAUUGCUUUACUUUAAUUAUGAGUAUCUGUUUGUAUGGUUUUGUAUUAACUAGAAUGAUUGACACUGCUAUAUGGAAAAAAGAUGAAAACACUAUUAGAUAAACAGUAUCCAUUUUUUACAGAUUCCCUAUUAGAAUUGCAUUUAUUGGUUCACUCGCACUUCUUGCAUAUGUAUACCCAAGUGCUUCUAACUUAUUCAGCUUACUUGGUUGCAUAUUCGGUGUAAUUCUAACCUAUAUUCUUCCUUGUAUUUUAUACGAAAAAAUAUUCUUCGGUACUAAAAUGAGCAAAAUCAGAGUUUGUAACUACAUAGUUAUGGCAAUAGGUGCUGCUGGAGGAAUAGCAGGAUUUGUCUACUCACUAAAAGAUUUAAUCAAUUCAUAUUAAUGA